AUGGUGGUGGGUUCGCAGAGUCCGAACGUGGUGGCUUCGUCCACUCAAUCGGGGAACAAGAGAAGAGGUGGCAUUACUAAUAAAGUCUUCCUUGCUGGCCCUUCAGAGGCUGAUAUUCAGCGGAAUGCUAAUUUGGAGAAGUUUUUGGUUGAUUCUGGGUUGUAUGAGACCAAAGAAGAAGCUGAACAGAGGCAGGAGGUACUUGGCAGGAUUGAUCAGAUUGUCAAAGCUUGGGUCAAGCAACUGACGCGCUUGAGGGGCUACACCGAUCAGACGGUGGAGGAAGCAAAUGCAGUUCUUUUCACUUUUGGGUCUUACCGUCUUGGAGUGCAUGGUCCUGGGGCAGAUGUGGAUACAUUGUGUGUGGGUCCAUCUUAUGUCAACCGUGAGGAAGAUUUCUUCAUUAUUUUGCAUGAUUUGCUGGCUGAAAUGGAGGAAGUUACAGAGCUUCAACCAGUUCCAGAUGCUCAUGUCCCUGUAAUGAAAUUCAGAUUCUUGGGGAUAUCUAUUGAUCUACUUUAUGCAAGUAUUUCUCUUUUGGUUGUUCCAGAGGAUCUGGACAUCUCUAAUGGGUCCGUGCUGCAUGAUGUGGAUGAACAAACUGUUCGUAGCCUUAAUGGAUGCAGAGUAGCGGAUCAAAUUCUCAAGCUUGUUCCAAAUGCUGAGCAUUUCCGAACAACACUCAGAUGUUUGAAGUUUUGGGCUAAAAGGCGAGGUGUUUAUUCUAAUGUCACUGGUUUCCUUGGUGGUGUAAACUGGGCCCUUCUUGUUGCUCGAGUGUGCCAGCUUUAUCCCAACGCAAUCCCUAGCAUGUUGGUUUCUCGAUUUUUCAGAGUGUAUACUCUGUGGCGUUGGCCAAAUCCUGUGAUGCUGUGCUCAAUAGAAGGAGAUGAACUCGGAUUUUCAAUGUGGGAUCCCCGUAAAAACCCCAGAGAUCGACUUCAUCAUAUGCCUAUAAUAACUCCAGCUUAUCCUUGCAUGAAUUCUAGCUAUAACGUCUCGAUAAGUACUCUCCGUGUUAUGAUCGAACAAUUUCAAUUUGGUAACAGGACUUGCGAGGAGAUCGAGGUCAGCAAGGCCCAUUGGAGUGCGCUAUUUGAGCCUUAUCCAUUUUUUGCUUCAUACAAAAAUUACCUCCAGGUUGAUAUAAUUGCAGCAGAUGCUGAUGAUCUGUUAGCUUGGAAAGGCUGGGUUGAGUCACGUCUUAGACAACUUACUUUGAAAAUCGAGCGAGAUACAAAUGGGAUGCUGCAGUGCCAUCCUUAUCCGCAUGUGUACGCUGACAUGUCAAGACAAUUCCCUCAUUGUGCUUUUUUCACGGGGUUGCAGCGGAAAGAGGGAAUAAGUCCUCAAGAAGGCCAGCAAUUUGAUAUAAGGGGAACAGUUGAUGAAUUUAGGCAAGAUAUAAACAUGUACGUGUUCUGGAAACCGGGAAUGGAUAUUUCUGUUGCUCAUGUUCGAAGAAGGCAGCUUCCUACUUAUGUUUUCCCGGAGGGACACAGACGUUCUCGGCAAUCUAGGCAUUUAAAUCAGCAGCAGGUUGGAAAAGCUAAUGAUGAUGUUGGAAAGUCUCCAUCUGGAUCCAUUGAAGAGAAGCUUAAGAGAAAACAUGAUGGUGAAAUGGCAGCUGUAAAACGAGUCAAGUGUGCCUCUGAAAGUCCACAGAAACUGCUGUCUGUUUCUCCAGAACUCUGUAGAACUAGGUCUGCUGGACCACUUUUAGAGAGCUUCCAUGAGGUGGUUAAAAUGGGCUUUUCUUCAAAUCUGGCUGAUGUUGAUAAUAAUGCUCCAUUUACAUCAUGUAGUGGACAGGACAACGGUGAAAAUGGAGACCCGGUUGUUUGCGAUUCCAAAGGGUUUGAAACUGAAGAUCAGGGGGGUGACUUAAGCAGACAAGUUUCAUCACAAGACUAUAUAUCCUCCUUAGCAAUGAAUGAGCCAGAACCAAUGGAUUUGGUGGCUGAAUGGCAGCAUGAUCCUGACCCAAGCGAAUGCCGAGUUGGGGUAGUUGAAACUUGUUUGGAAGCGGGUACAGCAAACGGGUCCUCUGAGGGAUUCUUAAAUUUGACAGGGGUUGGAGUUGAGGUUGAAGCAGUGCCAAUUGUACCGUCUAAUCAGACUUUUGUAGUGCUUGGGGAAAAGGAUGUAGUGUGCUCUAGUUCCAGCAAUCGGAACCUCAAUUGUGAGGGUGAAGAUGCUACAGAUUUGGGCUCUGUUCUGGAGAAUAGAUGUCCGAGUGGGAAAGGACAGAUUGCAAAUGGCUUGCCUGAAGAACUAGAGUGCAACACUGGCGGGACAGCUAUGCAAUCUCAAGACGGAUCAUCGAGGUGUGAGCGCCUAAACACGGUAGAGCUGGAGCUGGGUUGA